AUGAGAACGUCCUCAUCAACGCACGUCGUUGCAUUAUCAUGCGCGGCUCUUGCUCGCCUCGCCGGAGGCAUCACCAUUGUCCCCGGAAGCACCACUGGACCUUUCGUCUUUAGUAACCUGACCACAUCAUCAGCGACCGCCUUGCCAGCGCCGAGCUCGACCACUACGCCGAGCACACUGCCGUCGGGCAUAAACCUGCCCGACCCCAACAUUUACGUUUUACGCGGCUGCUUAGGGUCUCCGUCUGGCUACCCAUCCUUCAACCUGGUCGGCGUAGACCCAGAAAUGACCGUGCAGAGAUGCGUAUCGCUCGCCCAAGGGAGGCGAUACGCGGGUGUAUACAACGAGGAAGUCCCAAAAUUGCACAUCUGCUGCCCCAGGUCAUCAUACGUCAGAGACGGCCCGUGGUCAGGCCCGAGCAACCAGGAGCACGGUUUCGCUGCCGAAGCGCCGGCCGCAGCGGGCUCGGGACUGCCCGAGAACAAGCCAACUCAGUCACGACCUGGUACCGUGGUCGUGGCCGGCUCGCGGGGCUGGAAAGACGACAUUGCAGUCACUCAUUCAGCGGCUGUUGUCGUGGCUCUCGCCGUCCACUUUCUUCUUUAA